ACGUCAAAUAUUCAAUGAGCCGCCAUAUUAGCCAAACCCCUCUUUCAUUCUGAUAAGAAGAAAAGAAGACGGGGGAAUUCAAGGAGAGUUUCGCAAGUGCUGAGCGGUUGUGUUGAUAUCAUUUAGCCUGCACUUGUCUUGUUUAAGUGUGGUUAUUGUUGGGUUAUUUAGUAUUUCACAAUGGCGACCGUAGCUGCAACUCCUCCGAGCGUGAAGAGGAGCACGUGCGGCACUCCGCUGAGCCCGACCAGGAUCAGCAGGCUGCAGGAGAAGCAGCAGCUCCGGGACCUCAACGACCGCCUAGCCACCUACAUAGACAAGGUCCGCAGCCUGGAGUCUGAAAACAGCAUUCUCCAUGUGCAAAUUAGCGAGACUGAGGAGGUGAGGAGUCGCGAGGUGUCCGGUCUGAAAGCCCUUUACGAGACCGAGCUAGCCGAUGCCAGAAGGUGCCUGGAUGAUUCCUCCAAGGAGCGGGCCUGGCUGCAGAUCGAGCUGGGGAAGAUCAAAUCCGACCAUGAGCAGCUUUUGCACAACUACAACAAGAAGGACUCCGAGGCAGCAGGAUCCCAGGCCCGGCUGAAGGACCUGGAGGCUCAGCUGAACUCUAAAGAAGCCAUGCUGGCCACGGCGCUGUCUGAGGGCCGGGGGCUGGAGGCCACGCUGGCCGACCUGCGGGAGCAGCUGCAGGAGCUGGAAACGGGUCUCGCUCACACCAAGAAGCAACUCUCAGAUGAGAUGCUGAUGCGCGUCGACCUGGAGAACCGCUGCCAGAGUCUGACGGAGGAGAUGAUCUUCCGCAAGAGCAUGCAGGAGGAGGAGGUGAAGGAGGCCCGGCAGCGCUACGACAGCCGCCUGGUGGAGGUUGACUCCGGGCGGAAGGAGGAGUACGAGUUCAAGCUGACUCAGGCGCUGACGGACAUGAGGACUCAGAAUGAGGAGCAGAUCAGCAUCUACAAGGAGAACAUGGAUGGGGCCCAUUUGACCAAACUGGAGGACCUGCGCCAGAUUGCUGAGAUGAACGGAGCGUCGGCCAGCAUGGCCCGCGAGGAGAUCAGAGAGUCCGCGCUGAGGAUCGAGAGCCUCACCGCUCAGCUGGGAGCCAUGCAGAAGGAGACCCGUGGUUGGCGUGACCGGAUCGUGGAGCUGGAGGCGGCGCUUGUUCAGGAGAAGGACCGGAGCCGCAAGAUGCAGACGGACCGAGACCGAGAGGUGUCCGAGAUCCGGGCCAAGAUGCAGCAGCAGCUCAACGACUACGAGCAGCUGCUGGAUGUCAAGCUGGCUCUGGACAUGGAGAUCAACGCCUACCGCAAACUCCUGGAGGGAGAGGAGGAAAGACUGAAGCUGUCUCCCAGUCCGUCAGCUCGUGUCACGGUGUCUCGAGCCUCCUCGAGCAGCCGCAGCGUGCACACCUCUCACGGAAAGAGGAAGCGCGUCGACGUGGAGGAACAGGAAGCCAGCAGCUCGGUGUCUAUCGCUCACUCGGCCUCGGCCACAGGGCCCGUCUGCAUCGACGAGAUCGACACGGACGGCAAAUUCAUCUGCCUCCAAAACUCCGGAGAGGAGGAUCAGGCAAUGGUCGGCUUUGAGAUGAUUAAGACGAUUGAAAAUGAUUCAACCACCUACAAGUUCACCCCCAAAUUUGUCCUGAAGGCCGGCCAGAAAGUCACGGUGUGGGCGUCUGAUGCCGGUGUGAGCUCCAAACCCCCCUCAGACCUGGUGUGGAAGAACCAGUCCUCCUGGGGGUCCGGGCUGGACGUCCACGUGGUGCUGCUCAGCCCUCAGGGAGAGGAAGUGGCAAGGAGAACCACCACAUAUAAGACGGGGUUGGAGGAGGAGGAGGGUGAGGAAGGUGAUGAUGAAGUGGACGCCGCUGAGGACGACAUGCUCCAGGAGCAGGAGGACCCCCGCACUGGGAAGAGAGGCUGCUCCAUCAUGUGAUCCCACUACAACCCCCACCCCCGCACCUCUGAGCCCAGCCAGUCUGCUGCCAACUUUAAAAACUAUUUUUCUAUCUUUUUGUAGAAUAUUUCAAUUAAAAACAAAAGAGGUUUUAUUUCUCAUAAAAAUGCAAAACGGAUUUUGGUAGAAAGCAUGUUCAGCUGGAAAACAAUAACAUAAUAGCUUGUUGGACAAACAUUGUAUUUGUCAGAACCUUUUUUUAUAAAACCAUGCAGCUACUCCUGAUAUUUUUAAAUUGGUUUUUAAUUUUGGUUUUAUAUCUUUAUUAUUAUAACACUGAUGCCAUAUCGUAAGCUUUGAGAACAGGAUGUGGAUCAGCUCAGGGGCUGGCUUAGGUCAGGCCUUUAAGUUUUUGCUCAGAGACCUACUGUAUACAGAGAAUAAGCACUGAAAGGACACUACUACCCCCCCACCCCCCUUCUGUCUGGACCUUAACUGGACCAAAUGUCAGAAUUACACAAUCUAGAAACCUCUGUUUUAGCGGCAUUGUUCUAGUAUCUUUAGAGAAAAACAGGUGUGAUUGUUUGAUAGUGUUCAUGAGGAAGUCGGAAGACAGUUUGAGUUUGUUAGCAGUUGUUGAGUUCCCUUAAAGCCCCUCUGGGUAGAGUUCAAACUGGGACAGGGACGCCUGGUGGAGAGGAGCUGACAUUACAGGUAGCUGUGAUGCUCUCUACUCUCAGGGGCUGUAACGGGACUCCUCUGGGUUUUGAGAAGCAUCGAGAGGUGCUGAUUGUAUUCUUAACUUUUGAUAUUUAAGGUGUUUGAAGUACUUUGUGUUGUGUGUUACUAUGCAUGCUGUAAUCAUCAUAGUUGAAUCAUUAAAUGAGUUUUCUUGUA